CAAGAGAGAAAAAGUCUCCAAAGGGUUUCUUCUACACCCAUCACAUUAUCCUAUUUCUUCAAACUCUCAGAAGCUGGAACAACAGUGCUGUGUGUGAGUGGGGGCAGGUAGUGUUGUUCAUCCAAAAAGAAAAAAUCUUGUAUUGAUUAAAAGGGAGAACUUCAAAUCCAAGCCAGAGUCACCUGAAUGAAACCACUGUCUCCUUCACUUCAAAUCCAUUCCAGCACACAGUCACUCUUGUACAAUCCAAAACCCCCAAAAGUUUCAAUCUUUCCCUUUGAUUCCGAUACCCUUUUGCUUUCUUUCUUCUUCUUCUUCUUCUCUCUCUUUGACCUAUGGCUUCUGCUCCUCCCACACCACCACCACACUGUUCCUCUGUCCCUUCUAGGCCUAAUGCUACCAGCAACAGGAGCACCCAUAACCAUAGGCAUAGCAGCCACCACAACAACCACAACCGUCAUAACCACCAAAAUAGCCGACUGAGGAGGCAAGAACAGUCAAGGUGGAACCAUAAUGGUUAUGGUUCUUUUGCAAAUAACUCACCUUUGCCUUAUGCUAAUGCCACAGGUUCAGGUUCUGGUGCUGGUGUUGCUUCAGCUUCUGCUGUUGCUGCAGCUGUAGCUGCUGCUGCUGCUGGUGACAAUGCACCUGCUGCAUUUUCAUCAGCAUUGGGGAUGCUCGGUGGCCGGAGGUCCACUCUGGGCCUGGAGUUUUCGGGCAGAAGGACCACACGGUUCGCGGCAAGGAUGCGCUCAGGGAGGCUGAGGUACAACAAUAACAAGACAAAGCAUUCUCUUAUUGCUGAAGAGGUGCAGCAGUGCCUUGAAAAGUCUGGUAAUGAUGUUGCAUCUGUUGACAAUGUUUUGCUUAGCUAUGAGAGUAAGAUGUAUGAUCCUGAGGAUUAUAUUUACCUUAUUAGGGAAUGUGGCAAUAAGGACCUGUACUUGCAGGUAUCUAAGACCUAUGAUUUUGCUAUGGGGAGGAAGCAUUAUAACUGGUUUUACAAGGGGAAGUUGACUAGUACUGUGAUUAGUCAACUUGGUAAAAUGAAGAAAAUUGAGCAUGCUUGUAGGGUGUUUGAUGUGGCCAGGAGCCAAGGGUUCGGUAACACUGUCUAUUCCUAUUCCUCUAUGAUCAAUGCUUACGGGCAUAAUGGGCGUUUUAAUGAUGCCGUGCGCUUGUAUAGGUCGAUGAGGCCAUUGGGAAUGGAACCAAAUUUGAUUACCUAUAAUGCCCUGAUUGAUGCAGGAGCUAAGGGGCAUGUGGACUUUAGUAUAGUUGCGAAGUUUGUUGAUGAGAUGGUGGCGAAUGGGAUCAUGCCUGAUCGGAUUACCUAUAAUUCGCUUCUUAGUGUUUGUGUCCCAGGGGGUGCUUGGGAGAUAGCUAGGGAUUUGUUUGCUGAGAUGAGGAAUAAAGGGCAUGAGCAGGAUGUGUAUACUUAUAAUACGUAUUUGGAUGUCUUAUGUAAGGGUGGUCAGCUGGAUUUUGCCAGACGCAUUUUCGCAGAUAUGUCUGCCAAUAAUGUUUUUCCAAAUGCAGUAACAUAUAGUAUUUUGAUGGAUGGCUAUUCGAAAGCUGGCCAAUCUGAAGAGGCUCUUGCUUAGUCUAUGGAAGGCUUGGUUUGUUUGAGGACGCACUAUUCGCCAGCGAAGAGAUGGAGAUCUGUGGUUACAAAAAGGAUAUUGUAACUUACAAUGCUCUUUUGGGUGGAUAUGGGAAGCAUGGAAUGUAUGAUGAAGUUAAGAGAAUAUUUACUGAGAUGAAAAGAAAGCACAUUUAUCCAAACACAUUAACUUACUCUACAUUGAUUAAUGUCUAUACUAAAGGAGGAAUGUACAUGGAAGCAAUGGAAGUUUACAGAGAGUUCAAGGAGAAUGACCUGGAGGUUGAUGUUGUCUUUUAUAGUCAACUUAUUGAUACUCUCUGUAAAAAUGGGCUAGUGGAAUCUGCUAUGGUGUUGCUUGAUGUGAUGACCAGGAAUGGAAUCACUCCUAAUGUGGUCACCUAUAACUCCAUGAUUGAUGCCUUUGGUGACGUUUCAGCUCUCGGGUUUAAAACUUCUUUUCGGGCCAAUGACGAUCAGACUGAAUCUUCAGCUUCUAUGCUUAUUGCGGCGUCAUCCCAGAAUCAGACGGGAUCUGACAAAGAAGACCGAAUCUCAAAGAUGUUCGAGCAACUUGCUGUGGAGAAAGCAGGACAUGGAAAGAAGGAUUUGAGGACCAAACAAGAUUUCAGCAUAUUGUGGCUCUUAAGAAAAAUGCAUGAGCUGGAAAUUAAACCAAAUGUUGUCACAUUUUCAGCGAUUCUGAAUGCCUGCAGCCGCUGCAAUUCAUUUGAAGAUGCUUCAAGGCUGUUGGAUGAGCUCCGCCUGUUCAAUGACCAGGUGUAUGGUGUAGCCCAUGGACUGCUCAUGGGUUCAAGGGAAAACACAUGGCUCCAUGCUCAAGCUGUCUUUGAUGACAUGAAGCGCAUGGAUAAUUUGACAGCAUCUGCCUUUUAUAAUGCUCUAACUGACAUGCUGUGGAACUUUGGUCAGAAACGUGGAGCGCAGCUGGUUGUGCUUGAAGGGCGAAACCGAAAUGUGUGGACUGGCGACUGGUCCAUUGAGUGCUUGGAUCUACACCUGAUGUCUUGUGGAGCUGCAUGCGCGAUGGUUCACGAUUGGUUGCUAAACAUUCGAUCAAUUGUUUUUGAAGGAUCUGAACUGCCAAAGCUGUUAAGUAUUUUAACUGGUUGGGGAAAGCAUAGCAAAGUGCUAGGCGAUGGAGCUUUGAAGAGAAAAAUCGAAGCUCUUCUGAAUGGGAUCGGAGCACCUUUCAAGAUUGCUGAGUCUAACAUUGGAAGGUUCACAUCCCCUGGAUAUUUGGUUGCUGCAUGGCUCAAGAAAUCAAGCACACUGAAUGUGCUUGUUCUGCAUGAUCGCAUUACUGCUUCUGAACCUACUGCUUCUGGUCUAGUAUAUAGCUUGCAGGCCCCUUGAAAAGAAAAGGGUUGUAGAAGCCGGGGACAGAUCCUCAAAAUUGCAGAAUACAAUUGAGAGGAUCAUGUGUUGGAUCUUGUGACCCAAUACAGUAAAACACAACACUUGAUUCUCUCAAUUGAAUUCUGCAAUUGAGAGAAUCAAUUCCCCUUGUAAGCAUAAAGUAGCACUCUUUUGUAAUAUAUAUAUAUAUAUUAGGCCUACCUACAGGUUAAAUGUCUCUAACCUUCCCCUAUUUUGUUUAUUGUGGGGAAGGUUCUUGUGAAAAUAUUUGUUAGAGACAGUUUAAAAUAACGAAUGAUCAUUUUAUACUCUAAUUAUCCUUCAUUUUAGUCCAAUGGAUCCAUAAGUCUAUUAGCAAGUGAUUUA